AUGUAUGUCCUUUAUGUGUCCGUAAACGUUCGACUUUACCUAACAGAUCUGGUCGUUCAGAUGAUGUUCUCUAGCAGACAUUUGUUCAUAUUCCUCCUUGUGGUGGAAGUGAAUGCCACAGAGAAGAAAGAUUCUGGAAAGAAUGAUGGAUGUGUGUGUGGACACCCGGGAAUACCAGGUAGUCCGGGACACAACGGACAGCCUGGGCGCGACGGUCGGGACGGAGCCAAAGGUGAUAAAGGAAAUCCAGGUGAUAUUGGGACUUGCGGAGCAACAGAAAUGGCUGGACUAAAAGAUAAAGGAGAACCUGGUCUGCUAGGCAUAAACGGGCAGAAAGGACAACGUGGAGAUGCUGGUGAGAGAGGCUCACCAGGUAAAAUGGGGCCCCAAGGCUUUCCAGGGCCGCUCGGUCUCAAAGGUGCAAAGGGUGAAAUCGGAAUUCCAGGUCCGAAAGGUAUUAAAGGAGACGUAGGAGCUGAGGGACCUGAAGGGCCUCAGGGAAGCAUUGGAAACCAAGGACAAAAGGGCUCUCCAGGCCCUCUGGGACCCCCAGGAAGACCAGGACAUAAGGGGGAGAUCGGCCCUCCAGGUCAGAAAGGCAGCAUCGGCUACCGUGGUGAGAAGGGCACAAAGGGGGAAAAUGGAGAGAAAGGUCCGCAGGGAGACACGUUCGAGACCCCGAAGAGUGCCUUUUCUGUUGGUCUGACUUUGCAAAGCAAGCUACCAGCCGGUAACACGCCCAUCCGCUUCGAUAAAAUCAUUUACAACAGCCAGAAUCACUACAGCCAAGAGACUGGGCGCUUUACUUGUGCCUUCUCUGGAGCGUAUUAUUUUACCUACCAUAUCACAGUCUUCUCACAAAACGUCCGAGUGGCCCUCAUGAAAAACGGCCAAAGUAUCAUCCAGACGAUGGACAACUACCAAAACAGUGAGGACCAGGCAGCAGGGGGCACCGUUCUUCAUCUGCAGGCUGGGGAUAAGGUUUGGCUUCAGGUUAUGGGAGGACAGUUUUUUAAUGGACUCUAUGCAGAUGAUGAUGAUGACACAAUUUUCUCUGGGUUCCUUCUAUUCGCUGAGAAAUAA